AUGUCGGAAGAACGGCCACCAUCCCAAACAGGGGCGCUGCUGCCCAACGACCAAGGCGCGCCCCACCCCCGCCAGGAACCGCUUCCGCCCGCCACGCCGGGGCCAAACGCCGAUCAGCCACACUACCCCACUCCCGGCUACUGCGGACCCACGGACUACACCCCUACCUCCCAACAUGGCAACCCCAUCCCAAGCCAUCCGGCCCACAGGCAUCCUGGCGACCCCGUCGACGCCGAGCAAUAUGUGCCCUACGGCACUCCCCCCGCAGGGGACGCUCCCCCCACGCCUUCUACAGUGCCCCAGACACCCUACGCCUCCUACGGUGCCCCAGACGGCAUGAAGCCAACCGGCCAACCUCAGGAGGGUUUUGUGCCCUGGGCCAGCCCGCAACAGUCUGCUGUGCCGCCUCCAGUGCCUGUUCAGCCGCCGACGCCUGAGAGGCCAUCUCAACAGCGACUUGCUCCCACGUACACCGACUACCAGGGCGGCUAUGUGGGGUAUGCAGGAGGGCAGGAGCAGCAGCCACAUGGGCCGCAUGGGCAGGCUGGGGGGGCUGGCGGGGCGGCGCAAGCGCCUCCCGGGUACCUGCAGCCUCAGGGGAGGACAUGGUGGCAGGAGGGGCCGGUCCCGCCCACGCCGCAGUACGGCCGGACGCCAAGCUUCGCCUGGCAAGGUCGCCCAAGUUCUGCGAGUACAGCAGCUUUAGAGGGGGAGAUUGAGGCGCUGCGGAAAAGGCUCCGCGAUCUCGACACUGAGCAAUUUGAAAAGGAGAUGGAAGCCCAGAAGAAGUUGAGGGACGUGAUGCGUCAGGAGUGUGCUAAAAUCGCUGAGCUCACAAGCGAUCAUGAAGCCAAGCUGAAAAGGAAGGUGGACGAAUUCAACCAAAGAGAGGAGGAACUGAAAGACGAAGUCAGCCGCCUGAAGCAGGAACUUCGGGCAAAAGACUCAGAGCUCAGCAACGACCUCAACCACCUCAGGCAGGAAAUGAAAGCCAAGGAUGCCAAGCUCGUUGUCUACAAAAAGACAGUUGAGGACCUGAAGAAGCAAGUGCUGGAGACACAGGAACAGCUGGAGGGUCUUAAGGAGAGACAGCGGAAGGGUAACAAUGGUGCAGGACCAUCGAGCCUGCCAGCUCCUGCCCCUUAUCAGAAUUACCCUCCGCCCAACCCUGCCCCAGUGCCAGCCCCUGUGCCCCCACCCCGAGCCGGCUAUCCCCAGCCCUAUGCUCCUCAAGGCGGAUACGGGGGUCACCCUGCUGGGUAUGGAGCGCCGCAGGGCAGCUACAAUGACCUGCAGCCCCCCGCAGCUGCCGGUGCAAUAGCUUGCCCGAUGGCGUGUGGUUUUGCAGGGACCCCUGAUGAUGUUCAGGUACACAUGAUCGAGCGUCAUCCUGAAGUCAUGGGUGUUGACGGUUUCGACAACGGCCCAGCAACCAACGGCCGGUGGGCAAACGCUGGCCCCACUCCCAAUCAUGGCACACCUGCUGCUGCCACCCCUUCCCAGCCACCCCAAGCCUCAAGUUCUGGCCCCCAACUUCAAGUCACAUUUGUCCUCCCCAACAACACCAGGCAUCAAUCGCAGCUGGCCCGCAAUGCCCCGAUGUCAGAACUGAAACGGGUGGUGUCGGAAGUGACCGGACGGCCCCAGGCCAACACCAUGAUGCUUGCCGGUGGGCGGCCAUUAAGUGAAAUCCCUGACAUGGACCCUUGGGUGAAUGCCCUGUCAGAGGCACUGAAGAAGGAGGAUGUGGUGUCCAUAAUCUGCAUCCCGAAGAGGAAAUAG